CUGUUUCUGAGAUCUGAUGGAAGUGGAUCCUGUGUUCAGGACUAACGGGUGCUUUGCUGUCCUGUGUCCCUCCAGGUGUGCAGCGGAGGGUCUGGAGGCCGCCCUCAACACGCUGUCCCGGGCCCUGGAGAGUAACUGCGGGGACCCCGAGGUGUGGAGCCACUACCUGAGCCUGUUCUCCAGGAGGGGCAGCAGGGACGAGCUGCAGCAGAUGUGUGAGAUGGCCGUGGAGCACGCGCCGCACUACAGGGUGUGGUGGGAGUACCUGACGCUGGAGGGCUCGUUUGAGGGGAAGGACUUUGUGUGUGAGCGCCUGCUUCAGUUCCUGCUGAUGGAAGCGCUCCCCCCCUCCUCCCAGCUGAUGGAGGCGCCCCCCUCCCCCUCUCAGCUGAUGGAGGCACCUCCCUCCCCCUCUCAGCUGAUGGAGGUGACCCCCUCCUCCUCCCAGCUGAUGGAGGCGCCCCCCUCCUCAGACAGAGGCUCCUCCCCCUCCUCAGACAGAGACUCCUCCCAGCUGAUGGAGGCGCCCCCCUCCUCUGACAGAGGCUCCUCCCCCUCCUCUGACAGAGGCUCCUCCCAGCUGAUGGAGGCGCCCCCCUCCUCUGACAGAGGCUCCUCCCCCUCCUCUGACAGAGGCUCCUUCCAGCUGAUGGAAGCCUUGCUGUAUCGGGUGCAGCUGCAUCUGUUCAGCGGGCGGGGGGGAAGCGCGCUGGCUCUGCUGCAG